AUGGCUGGCGGCGGCGCUGGAUCCGUGGUGAACGGGACGCCGCGCAGGCGCGACCAUGCCGCCGUCCCCGCCCCCCUCCCUGACGAGGUCGUCCAGUGGGAAAUCCUCGUCCGCGUGCCGGCGAAGGAGCUCCUCCGCUGCCGCGCGGCCUGCCGCUCCUGGCGUCGCCUCGCCUCCGACGCCGCGUUCCUGAUGGCCCACCACCGCCGCCAGCCAUCCCUCCCGCUGGUCUUCUUCCGCACCAGGAGUAACGACUACGCCGCCCACGCCGUGGUUGAUGCCUUGGAUAUCCGGCGAACCCCCGCCGCUCGCCGGCCCGUCCUCGGGUUCGACGACUACAACAAAGAGCGACGUAGCUUCACCAUCCACGCCUCCUGCGACGGGCUCCUCCUCCUUUCCCUCUCCAACCACCGCUUCUACAUCUGCAACCCGGCGACGCGCCAGUGGCUCCAGCUCCCGGAUCUGACCGGCGGCAGUGUCGCGGCCCUGUACCCUCACCGCCCGUCGGGCGACUACCGUGUCCUCUUCUGGAAGUAUCCAGACAACAAGAGCUGCAGGGUCGCCUACUACGUCCUCACCGUCAGCUCGUUCCAGGGACAACAGCGAUGCAUCGGGCUGCCAGUGGCCUCGCCAUCCAUGAACAAGGACAGGUCCUGGUGGCACCUUCAAGCCUCCGAGCACCCGCCUCUCCUGCUACAUGGCUGCCUACAUUGGCAUGCUUUCAACAGCAAGAUAGUAAUUUUCGACACGGUGGCAGAGUCAUUCAGCUGGGCGCAAUCUCCCACAGCCACCAGCUCGGCACAUCUGCUUCAGAUGGAUGGUAUGCUCGGCAUCGGCUGCAUAGAUACGGCUACCAUGACCGCGAAAGCGUGGGUGUUGGAGGACUACGAGGCAGAAGUAUGGUCAUCAAAGUACCGGACGGAAUUGCCGGAGGAGGAGAUGAUGGAAGAUGGUAAAUGUGUUCAGUGUCUAUACGGCAAGGUUGUGUCUGAGAACGGAGAUAUGCUGCUAAUCGGUCGCAUUUGUUGGUCCCUCUCCCUGUUUCACUGUGACAACAAGGGCGACUUGAUCCAGAAAUUCCUAUGGGAGAACGUUGAUCCAAAGCUUCUCGGGAUCUCUUUCAAAGAGAGCCUAGUCAGGCAUCCAUUCUUCCAGAGGAAAGAUGGCAGCCGUGUGAGGCUGCCACGCUUUCUCCGAGGGCUGUAG